AUGAACCGACUAUUCGGUAGCAAGAACACGGCUCCCAAGCCAACACUGGACGGGGCGAUCAGCAAUGUAGAGAAUCGCAUCUCCAGCAUAGACGUCAAGCUAGCGGCCCUGAACUCGGAGCUCUCCACGUACCAGGCCAAGAUUGCCAAGAUGCGUGACGGGCCCGGCAAGACGGCGCUGCGCCAGAAGGCCCUGAAAGUGCUGCAGCGGCGGAAGCAGUACGAGGCGCAGCGCGACCAGUUGUCGCAGCAGUCGUGGAACAUGGAGCAGGCGGGGAUGAUGCAGGACAACCUGAAGAACGUGAUGACGACGGUGGACGCGAUGAAGACGACCACCAAAACCCUCAAGAAGCAGUACGGGCAGAUCGACAUCGACAAGAUUGAGCGCAUGCAGGACGAGAUGGCUGACCUGAUGGACAUCGGCAACGAGAUCCAGGAGAGCAUCUCGCGCGCCUACGACGUGCCGGAGGAUGUCGACGAGGCGGAGCUCGAUGCCGAACUGGAGGCCCUGGGCGAGGAGACCAUGAUGGAGGGCGCCAUGGCCGACAGUGCCAUGCCCAGCUUUCUCCAGGACGAGGUCGCGCCCCCGCAGUUCAUCGAUGAGCCGCCGGAGCAGAGUAAGAUCAAGGAGCCUGCGGGCGGGCUUAGCUGA